AGGCGAGGCUUCAACCGCGAUGGUCGCGUUUCCAGAGCUUGGAAAGCUCCAGCCCUCCUUUCUGUUUCAUGUCGUGGGGUUUUCACGUGGAUAUUUGGCAAGAGGAAUAUGCAUGAAGGAAAGCGGACAAAGGGGACGGAAACCCCUUCCUGCAAGGCUCCCUCUCAGCUCUUGGGGAGUGGGCGUCUGGGCCUGGGAAAGAGGGCGGCUCCUCUCUCUCUGGUGCUGCCUUCGGGUCCCGCCUCUCGCGUCCUGAGCAGCCUUCGUCACUCGGUCGUCGCCCUUCGCCUCCGGAGGCUCCGUUUUCUACACCCGCGGGGAGGCUGAGCAUUCAAGGCGAGCCUUAGGGGCUGAGGAGAAACAAGAGAAAAUAAGACAAAGAAAAUGGAGUCCGACAAAUCUCCACCUGAACCACCACCUCCAGCAUAUUCAGGACCAGCGCCAGUUCCCCCGAACCAACAAGGAUUUCCACUAUAUUCAUCUAACACAACUCAGUAUAUAUCAGGAUCUUCUAUUCCAGCACAAAGUACUACAACUUUCCGAGGCAACCCAGUAGCAUAUGGAGCUAUUCCAUAUCAAAAUCAGCCUGCUGUCACUUCAGCUAUAACUUGGAUGCCAGCUCCACCUAUACUUCCCAAAUGCCCUCCUGGCUUGGAAUAUUUAACUCAGGUUGAUCGGAUAUCAGUUCAACAGCAGAUUGAGCUUCUGGAACUAUUAAGUGGCCUUGAAACCUGCAACCGAUAUGAAGUCAAAAACUCUGUGGGGCAGUGGAUGUACUUGGCAGUUGAAGAAAAUGAUGCCUACACUCUGAACUGUCAUAAGUCAUUGCGGUCAUUCAUCAUAAAGCUCUUUGAUGGUGCAAACCAACCAGUUAUGCAGUUGUCAAGAGACUGCCACUGUUCCAUUUGCUGCUUCCCUUGUAUUUGCUGCUUGCAAGAGCUGGAAGUUCAAGCCCCUCUAGGCACAGUCAUUGGCUACAUUAAGCAGAAUUGGCAUCCAUGUCUGCCUAGAUUUGCUAUCCAAAAUGAGGCCAGCGAAAAUGUACUUAAAAUAGCAGGUCCUUGUGCUCCAUGCACCUGUUUCCAGGAUAUUGAUUUUGAGGUGAGUACACAAGAUGAGAAACCAAUUGGAAGGAUUUCUAAGCAGUGGACUGGCUACAUAAGGGAGAUGGCUACAACAGCCAGCAAUUUUGAAAUCUUGUUCCCAUUUGAUCUUGAUGUUAAAAUGAAAGCCCUUAUACUUGGAGCAUCAAUCCUUCUGGAUUACAUGUAUUUUGAACACAAACGAAGAAGGUCAGACCGUUAGAAUAGCUGACUUUCGCCUUGCUGGCUUCAGAAAAAUUCUCCAGUUGCUUCUGUUCUUCUUUGGCUGACAAGGAAUGUCAAGCCUUCUGAAAAGAGAUCUUCAUGAAAAGAACUUAUUCUGACAGACUGUGUUUACUGCUACAGCUUUCUUGGUGAAGGUGGUGCUGGAAUUCAAUAAUUCUCUGCACAAGCAACAGUGCCUUGGAGCAGUGGUGGGAAAAUUAGUAGACAGGGUUUUAAAAGUUUCUGGGCUGUCUUGGAUCCUUUGUUCCUUAAACUAUAGCUGCGGUAGCCCUUGCUCUUUGAAUGCCUUCUCACAUUUUUUUCAGUUGUUGGGCUUUUAAAUUUACUCUGCUAAUAGGUGGCGGUGUGGGAUUUGUGCCAAUUGCCUUAGAAUAAACUCUAUACUGAACUGUAA